AUGGACCUUGUUCUGCUGCUGCUGGUGUUUGUAGCUCCAGUAGUUCAGUGCUACAGCUCAGGGUUAGUCAUGGACAGCUGUGACGACAUGCAGCCCCACCACAAUGGGCUGCGCCCGCAAACAGGACCGUCGCCCUUCACUGUUACUACAGAGCACAACAGCUACGGACUUGGAAAGGAGGUCAAAGUUCAGCUCCAGGCCCCAGCUUCCACACCGUUCACUGGUUUCCUACUACAGGCCAGAGAAGUGGGGCGCCGAUCCCCUGUGGGUUCCUUUGCCACGGCAGCCGAGGCCACUCGACUUCUCACCUGCAGCCAAAUACCUGCCUCAGCUGUAUCUCACAGAUCAAAGUCUGCUACGACCUCCAUUCAAGUGAGAUGGAGAUCAGAAGCAUCAGGAGACAUGAAAGCUGUUCAGUUCCAUGCGUCUUUUGUGCAGAGUUACAUGACAUUCUGGGUCGAUGUGACAAGCCCUACCCUGACCUUCACUAAUGAGUCCAAUGGAUCCACCGGUCCUCCGACUACCAGCACUAUUUCCAGAGCAGACUGCGGUGUCACCAAGGCGUGCUUCAGUCAGCCUUCAAACUGUGAUCCUGCAGCCAGUGCUGACUGUUAUUUCUUGUCAGCUAUGAUGCUGCCUGCCAGUGGUGGCGCCGUCCGCUAUGAGAUGUCGGGUCCUUCUAAUGGAUACAUCUCUUUUGGAUUUUCUGAUGAUCAGAUGAUGGGAGAUGAUGACAUCUACAUAUGUGGCAUAAGCAGCAGUGGACUGGUGCGGCUGCAGCAUGCUUUCUCAACAGGACGUACGACCCCACAAGCACUGCCUCUGGGGAAUGUUUCUGAAGUAAAAGCAUCAAUGCAGGACAGUGUGAUCAGCUGUUCCUUCACUUCCAUGAACACUGUUUCUACUCAGAGGACUUCUGGCUUCAACAAAACCUACCACCUAAUGUUUGCCCAUGGACCCAGUGACAACGGACAAAUCCAGCUCCAUACGGGUACUUUCACCAGCACUGACAAGGUAGACAUUUCCAAACCUGGGCUUGUCCGAAAAGCUGGAUUGCCUCAUAUCAUCAAAGCGCACGGAGCUCUGAUGCUGAUCGCCUGGAUGACCACAGGAUCACUGGGAAUGAUGGCAGCCCGAUAUCUGAGAGGAGUGGGCAAAAACCAGAAAGUGUGUGGCAAAGAAGUCUGGUUUGUGGUCCACGUUGCAGUGAUGAGUGUGACAGUAGCAGCCACAAUCACUGCCUUCAUCCUCUCUUUCUCAUAUGUUAAGGAAUGGUCUGAGGGAGUCCAUCCUGUGCUGGGUUGUCUUGUUCUGAUCCUCUCAACCCUGCAGCCCAUACUGGCUCUGCUGCGCUGUGGACCCCAACAUCCACUGAGGUCUUUGUUCUACUGGUCACAUGCUUUGAAUGGAUUGGCAAUGAAAGCUAUAUCUGUGGCAGCAAUAUUUACAGGCCUGAAGCUGGUGGACAGCACUGAUGACCGAUGGCUGAUCAAAGUGAUGGGUGGUUUUCUUGGAUGGGAAGUUCUGUUCUGCAUUCUGUUGGAGGUCCAUUUAAAAUGGAAGGUUAAUAGUCAAGAUAGUCCAACCCCCCGCCUGGAGUCCAGAAUGAUAACAGUUGAUGUUGUGCUGAUGGCUCUGUUCUUCCUGGGAAACCUCUCCGUGUUGGUGGCGCUCUUGGUUGGAAUCGGGAAGUUAUGA